ACGGCGGCGACGGCGCGCACUAGAGCACCGUUACUUCGGCCGGGCCAGUUGCAGCAGUCGUUGACUUCGUCCUCAGCGCGCCGCCGCUGAUUACUUCUUCGCGCCGAGCGGAGGGCCUUCUCGAAAGACGAACGGGAAGCUCGGGAGGACGCCGGGCCGCCAUCUGAGGACCAAGAACUCGGGCCGAAAGCGCAGACAACAGGCCAAGCAGGGUGGCAUGAUGGGUGUCACUCAGCUGCUUCUGGUGGGCGCUUGCUGCCUCCUGGUGAAGGAGGCCCUGGGACUGCCCACCACAAUGGGUGGCACAGCGGGAAGCCACUCUCAGCACCACGACGCUCACGGACAGCAACAGCACCAACAGCAGGAACCAUCGGACGCCGACAAGCGUUCCCAGGAGGACAUUAUGUUUGGAAACCAGCAGAACAAGCCUGCAGGAAUGGUUGAUGACCUGAUCGUGUUUCCCGAAAGAAAGUCCUCCUCUGCGCAUGCCAGCAAGGAAGGUUCAGGAGCCAAGCCUGACAAGAAUGCCACUCACCACCAGCAAGCUCAAGAAAAAGCCGGUGGGCGCACCGCUUCGGGAGCCGAUACAUCGUCAGGUGGCCCUCCGGAGGACGAGGCACUCGAGCAGACCCCGCCGGGCGCCGAUGACAUGGACCAGCAGCAGUCCGCGGGCGACCUGAUGGGCUCACCGGCAGGUCCGCCGACUGACAAGUUCGACUACUACGACUACGCAGACGACGCGGGUGUCUCGUCAGCAGCAGCCGCCGCCGCCGCCGCCGAAAGCGUGGAAAGGGCCCCCGCACCGCAGGACAACGGCGGCGAGCUGGAUUACUCGCUGUACGACUACGGCGACGUUGGCGCCGGUGGCAUGAGCUCUGGCGUGUUCCGCCGCAAGCGGAACCUUCGAAACAGCCUGGAGGAAUUGCUGCGCAACCGGCGGAUUCAUCGCCGAGCGCUGCGGCUCAAGCGAGAUGCCAACAUGGACGACUUGCUCCUCUUCCUCACACAGAUGGCCAAACAGGAGCCGUAUCCCCUGUUCGCUGAACAAGAGGUGCCCCCAGUGUCUCGCAUCACGCUCAAUCCACCCGAGCCGGAGAGUCCCCUGGAGCAGUACCUGAACGAGCUCGGGACAAUGAACAACGAAGAACGCGCGCGGGCUUUGGUGGCACUGGCUGCUCUGGCGGAUCAGGAACAACUUGCACCGGCCCCCAUGACAGGACGACCCGUCUUCGAGGAACAGCAGGCGGAACCAUUGCCGGACUGGUUCCAGGUGACUCGGCGUUCGCGAGGCUCCUUCUACCCCCAGGACUACCGGUACCUGGUGAUGCCUCCGACGCCCCAAAAGCGCAACGUAGGUGCCGACCACUGGGGCCGCGUUCUCAGGCAGCGCCGCCGACAGCAGCGAUCGCAGGACCAGGCUGACGUCAACAGGCUAUACGCACUGGCCGGACUGAUGGCUCAACCGGACCAGGAAGACCUUUGGCGCGAGAUGUAGAGUCAACGGGUGACCCAAGGCUAACGUUGCCGAGAAACAGGCCGGAGCUGAAUUGUAGUGCUAUGGUUUCCAACGUUACCAGUGCAAGUUGCCGAUAGCGAGCGAACGCUCACUAUCGCUUGCGCGGGUAGGCCGUGUGCCCUGCGUACAGAACGCCAGAGAAUGCUUUCGCACGCAUUUGAAGGUAAAAAAAUGCUCAUCAGCCCCUUCUGAUGUUCCAAUUUGGCCGCACAUUUACACAAGAAGGGACGUGAAGUUCUAGCCGUGCGCGUUUCCAUCAAAGAGUAUUUCUUGUUGACAGAUUAGACGUAAGUAAUGGAGUGUAAAAAGUUAGGUGAAGUCGCCUAAAAACGCUCAUUGUGACGUACCAUAGCAAUUGGAAGCUUAGUUCAUACUGUAAAUUUCUAGGACGACGCCUCCAUAUUUUUCUUCAUUGCGAAUCCUGACAUCGCGGGCAAAGGUUAAGUAUAAUCGACUUUGUCAAUUGUAGUUAGUUCAAAACUGAAAAAAAAGAGGACAAGUGUAUAUACCUUUCGAGCAGAUUGGAUUCGCUGCGGAAAUUUGAAGCUUGAAAUUUUGGAGAGCGAAUCCUUGUGAUACACGCCGCAAAAUGAUGAAUAAUUUCCUAAAGAAUGCGGAUCUUGCCGCUGCAGCUGUCUAAGCAAUCUUGGUGCGUGUGCAAAACAUGCAUGUACGUUGGAAUCUUAAACACAGCUAUAAAAAGAAGCAGCACACUUGUCGGUGUCAGCAAUGAAGGCGUGUACGUCAGGCAACGAUUUCGUUUGCGUCAUCAUGCAGCGGUGAGUGAUGUUGUCACAGCAGAAUAAGAAAAUAAAACAGUUGUGUUCCGGUAA